CAAUCCCUUGGUCACCAUUGAACCCCCAAACCAAACCCACCAAUCCCACGGAGGUGUGCUCGAGACAAAAAUAGCCUCGUUGGUGUGGCUGAUGCUCGCGGUGUAGUCAGCGUCCUGUGCGUGUCGAUUAACGAGAGCGAAGGCAACAGGCUGUUUUUCAAGGGAACUUUUUUUUGGCUCUCUUCACAAAUCACAGUCUAAUACCAAGAUGGUUAUUAAAGUAUUCCUUGCCACUGCAUCGGGAUCCACAGCGAUCAAGAAGAAGCAGCAGGAUGUGCUCGGCUUUCUUGAAGCUCUCAAAAUCGACUAUGCCCAGCUGGACAUCGCCUGCAGCGAGGAGAACCGCAGGUGGAUGAGGGAGAAUGUCCCCGGGGACAAGAAGCCAGCCAGCGGCAUCCCUCUCCCCCCACAGAUUUUCAAUGAGGAGAGCUACUGCGGGGACUAUGAGACAUUUUUUGAUGCCAAGGAAGACAACGAUGUCUAUACCUUCUUGGGGAUUCCCCCUCCUGCAGGCUUUAAGCGAAAGCAAGCGCCAUCGGAGGAGUGCAAUGGGGAUGUGAAUGGCGAGGAGGAGCCGGCCGCCGAGGAGACCGUGACGGAGGAGGUGGCGGAGGAGGUGGCGGCACCUGUGGAGGAGGCAGCUCCCGAGGCUGCAGAGGAGGAGACGACAGAGGCGGCCGCUGAGGAAGAAGAGGAAGAGGUGGAGGAGGUGGAGGAAGAAGAAGAGGAAGAGGAGGAGGAAGAAGAAGAAGAAGACGAGAGUAAAAGAGGAGCCGCGGAGGAGGAACCCCAGGAAGCUGACGCAGAGGGUGAAGACGAAAAGGGUGAAGACGAGCAGCCGAUGUCCGAGGGAGAAGAGGAGUUGGUCUCCGAGGAGGAAGAAGAGCUUCGGCAGCUUGAGGAUGAAGAAGAGGAGGUCGAAGUUUCCGAGGAGGAAGAGGAAGAGGAAGAAGAGGAGGCCUAGAGAACCAGAUCGGGAGUGGAGAAGGAGUCGUGGUUUUGUCGCCAAGCUUGGUCUCUUCCCCGGUUGUCCUGCACCCCUGUUCCCCGCUGAAGCUCCAAGGUGCCCCUAACCCCAACCCCACCACCCCCCCUUCCUCAAAAAGAAACCGGACCCACUGACAGUCCACCUACAACCGAAGCCAGGGCUGGUACUGGAGAGCCAUCCCACUACCCCACCUCUCUCUCCCAGGAAAGGAGGUUUACGCCUGGUGGGAACCCUCCGAUAACAGCCCCCCCACCCCAUCUUUCCCUCUGGACACCCACUUAUACAAAAACUCUAUUCUUUUUGUUGUUGCUGGUGUGUGCUACUGAAAAGAGAAAAACGUAUACGUAAAUGCUGCUGCUGUUGCUGCUUUCAUUGCAAUUGUGUGCAGCGUCCAUCAAGAGGAAUACAGAUUCAGACCCUGAUCUAAACCCUUAUUUAGAAAUCGAAACCUGUCUAAUCUGUUUUGAACACUGUGCUUUGUUGUUGUACUGUACAUACGAAAAAUAUAGAAUAGAUUUUUCUAAAAAGAGAAGGAAGUGUUUCUUACCCUGAUGUCGCCUGAUCACUAAUGGUAUUGCCAUGGUAACCUUCAUGCACCGGAGGGAAAGCCCGUUGUGUUCUUGAACACCAGGCCUCCAUCUUAAUGUCUCUUUGAAUUUGCCCUUGUGCCAAUGAGUGAAUGUUUUAUACUGGUAUAAAUGUGUGAUCCUACUACUGACAAAACUCAAGCCCCUACACCACACCUAAAUGUUCCUCAGGAGUCAAUAUAUAUAUAAGGAAAACAAAUAGGCCAAAUUCUGACAGCAUGCAGACUCCCGUCCUCGGUCUGUGCUUGCAACCUUGCGUUUCGCUGACGACCCGACUCGGUGGAAAAAACAAUAAAGUUUCCCCGCUGUCAGCCUAGCCACAACAACUUUUGGGGGAAUAUUCUUCAUUCACCAUCCCGUUUGCAAAUGAGAAAAUUACAUCAGAAUUGAGGUUUUGUGAGAUAUUGAAAUUCAAUUCUGUUGUCGGUGACAAGGCCACAAGGAGACAAGUGAAUGAGCAACGGAGGACGGGAGUCCGCAGAUUGGAAUUCGCUCUUGGAGUCAGUUCUGGCCAGAGUGAGGCUGACGGUCAAUGAAACGCACAUCCACCUGAAGGAGAGGAAACUGAAGUACCCCACCACUGCUGACAUCUUUUCUUUUGCUGACUUCAACUUGACCACACUGUAAAAAUUCAAAAUUACUUGAAGAGCCUUCAGUUUGCCCUUGUGUAGAGUAACCCUUGAAAGUCGAAAAUGUGACAAAUAAGUUCUUGGAAGAACCCCAAGGAUUUCUUUUUCAGAGAACACAGGAACCCAAAGGCCAUUUGAGGAACCUUUCAGCUUUGUAAGAACCUCUGAAGGUUCUGUAUGGAACCACAGGGAAUUCUUCCCACAAGGGUUCAUGACAGGACCUUUCGGUUCCCCCAUGAACCAAAGGAAGGUUCUUUGAGGAACCUUGACAUUUUUACAGUGCAGUGGGUCUUGCAAGCCUGAGAUGCAAAUAUUAUAUUACUCUAAGGUCCCGUCCACAUUAAGCAGGAUAAAUACAAAUCCGCCUAUCUGUAGAACAAACAAUCUCCGUCCACACUUGUCGUUAACAGAAGUGCUGUCAUAGCAACAGAACAUUUUCUGAUCCCUCCACUUCAGCUGUCGUUUUGAAAAAGCUCAGCUUACCGAGUUCGAACUUGCUGUAUUAGUGUGGAUAGGAGGGAGGUGUUAAAGGAUACAGUACAUUAUUAUAUAAUUACAUAUGUAUCCUGCUUAUUGUGGGCUGGGCCUUAGUAGGCUGGCUGUCUGCCUGCCCACCUGUCUGUCUGCCCGUCUGCCUGUUCUGUUGGUUUGUUGGUGUGGUCUGUUUGUGUGUUAUUGUACGUUGCAUGUUAGGUGUAGGAGAUGGGAAAACGUGGUCUUCUUACAAUAAAGCCAAUAAAACAUCCA